GUAUCAAAAUUGUAUACGUAUGAUUUUCAUUACAACUACAUAAAAAAACAUUUGGUGAAAAAUCUAAAUUGCUAUACACUGAUACAGACAGUUUAAUUUACCAUUUAAAAGUUCCAAAUUUUUAUGACUACAUAAAACGAGAUUUAAAAUUUUUUGAUACUUCUGAUUAUCCACAAAAUAAUAUUUAUGGAAUUCCAUUAGCAAAUAAAAAAAUAUUGGGAUUAAUGAAAGACGAAUGCAAUGGAAAAAUUGUAACUGAAUUUAUAGGUUUGCGCUCUAAUCUAUAUACAUACAAAAUAUUAGGAGAAAAGAAAGAAAAGAAAAAAGCUAAAGGUGUUAAAGGUUCAACGUUAAAAAAAAUAACAUUUCGAGACUAUAAAAAUGCACUUUUCAACUAUAAAAAUUUAAGAAAAUCGCAACAUUUAAUAAAAAGUCAAAAACAUGAAGUGUAUACUUUAAAACAAACCAAAAACGUUAUAAGUUGGAAUGAUGAUAAAAGAAUGCUUUUACCAAAUUGUACUGAUACAUUACCUUGGGGUUUUAAAAACUAUGAGAAAAAUAUAAUUGUAAUUAUAAUUAAAUAAAAAAAGAGAACAUUGCAUCAUAAAGAUAGAAGCAUCUAUCUCAUCCCGUAAGAGUGAGAACUUCAUCAGAUUCUACCUUCUUCUUUCAAUUCAUACUUUUAUCUUCGUCUCAUAUUUUCUAAACAAUACUGCGUGUAUAAAAAGGAGCUUGAUUAAUGGGGUGCUUCAUUAAUAAAGUGACACUAUAUUCAUCACCUUCGUAAAGACAGUGCUCUUCAUAAUUUGGAUUUUUUAAACAGUGCGCGUUGUUUAAAAUAAUACGGAAGAUGUUUAAGAGGCUACUUAUAUUAUUUCUGUAAAAGCUCCAGCAGAAUGGUUCUGUAGAUCGUCUUCAGCACACAAUUUUAGAAAAGUUUGCAUGAUGGCAAUAGCUGUAAGAGCACGAGAUUUGAAGAGAAAUACUCUCCAUUCUGAAGGAAAAACUACUAUGACUUACAAAGGUGUAACAGCUGAAUUAAGUGAAUCAUCAUUAGGGUUCAAAUUCGAGCGACGAGGCACAAAUGCCACAAGUGGUGAACCAUAUGCUUGCUUCCUGGUCACUGCUAAAAUACCUGUCGAAUGGGUAACGGUGGAAUCAGAUUUGUCACAUUUCAGAAAUGCACUAAUGAUUGCAAUAGCGCUUCAGAAUUACAAUUUCUACAUACAAUUGGAAGAUGGAGAUAAAAUUUAUCUAAGACAUCAAGAACUAAUUGUAGAAUUGGUGAGAGUUUACGAGACGUCAUUUAUAUUACAACGAAGACCAGAACUUCAAAUCCCCGAAAGCAUGAUUCACACGGCUACUGGUGAUGAACAUUUAUAUAAUAUGUUUUAUCCUGAAAUGAGUUUGCAUUUUAAAGAAGAAACAGAGAGUGAUAUACCACAUCGUGAAGGAAACGAAGGAGAGGACAAGGUGGCGAGACAUGAAGGAGAGGAAGAGGCGGUGUCACAUGAAGAAGAGGGCAAGGCAGUAGGAGAAUACGAUGAAGAGAAACCAACAGAAGAAAAAGAGAGUCCUGUUGAAAUUAAAACUAUAGACGACGGCUACGACACAGUAGAUAAGCCUGUAGUUAAUGAAGGCAAUGGUGAUGUAAGUGGAGCAGAUGUGGAACAAAGAAACGAGGAUAUUCCUAUGAAAGUCGAUGAUAUAGAUACUGAUGAAGGAAUAAGCGAGGAAUAAAUGCCGAUAAAGAAAUAAAAUGAAAAAAAUUAUAAUUGUUAAGAAAAAUAACUAAAAUGAAUGUUUA